CUACAGCACAAAGCAACAAGCACCUUGGUAGCUCCGAUCAUCUUCAACAUAAACGCGUCCAACAACAUCAGUACUGGUGCAGUCAUCGGGAGGACAAACCCUUCAUGCAAACUGCACCUACUAUCAGCAAGAAGAAGAAACUGGUCGUGUCGCAGAUAAGAAAUAUUUUUCAUCCUUCAUGCAAACUGCACGUAUCGCGAAGAAGAAGAAGAAGAAUAUUUUCAGAACAACAACAACAAUAUUUUGAAUUCGUGGAAUGGGAGAGAAUCUAUACAAACUGCGCGGUUCCAGAGGAGAGCACUCGGCACCUGGGUAGUUGUCUGGCUCCUGCUCCACCAAGGCUUAUCCCUGUUUAUGUACUGGAAGAAAGGCAUAUACUGUAUAUGGUUAUUUAACCACUAAAGCCCCAAAACCGCAAUAGCAUAAGGUGUGGCCAUCAGAGUCCUUCCAAGAACUUCACUUGGUAGAAAAGAAAGCCAUGGUUUGUGAAGUAAGAAAACUGUUUUCGUGGGACACUCAAUACAGUGCUGAUUCGACUGAAUUUUGUCCUGUGAGUCCAUAUGAAGACUACCUAGCAGUGGGUACUUAUCAAUUGGCAGAUCCAGAAAAAAUAUUAGAGGUAUGUGAUCAUGGUAAUCCGUCUGAUAGAGUGGAAUCAAAAUUAAAUUCCAGUGAUGUUCCUAAGAAAAGACUUGGUCGCCUUUAUCUAAAGCAGAUGACAGAAGACAAAGAUUUAUUGUUAGUUCAGCAGGUUGACAUGCCUGCUAUUCUGGAUAUGAAAUGGUGUCAUCACAAGAUACAUGGUGAUCCAAUACUUGCCAUUGUAAAUGCUCUAGGUGAGUUACUUCUGUUUAAAUUAGAAACAGUUACAGAUGGAACAGUGAAGUUAAGCUUUUGGAUUAAAUACAAGAUAAAUGAGGAAGACACUCUUGCUCUGUCACUAGAUUGGUCAACUAGAAAAAUUCUUAGUGAAACUCCAUCAAUAGCAGUUAGUGAUUCAAAAGGAAAGAUAAGUCUGUUUCAGCUUUGUAAUGAGAAAUUAAUACUCAUUCAAAGGUUUCUAGCUCAUGAAUUUGAAGCAUGGAUAACUGCUUUUGAUUACUGGAAUCCCUGUACAAUUUACACAGGGGGCGAUGAUUGUAAGUUUCGGAGAUUUGAUGUUAGAGUUAAUCCAGCCAGUCCCGUAUCCACUAGUAAUGCACAUAAUGCAGGGGUGACAAGUAUUCAUAGCAGUGUAAAAUCUGAGUAUGUUUUAGCAAGUGGUAGUUAUGAUGAAAUUGUACAUUUGUGGGAUACCAGAAAGUUGAAGACUCCAGUCUCAUCAGUAUCCCUUGGUGGUGGGAUAUGGCGUCUGAAAUGGGAACCACAUGGGAGACCCUUGUUACUGGCUGCUUGUAUGCAUAAUGGCUACCAUGUCAUAAAUAAUUCUGUCUCUGACAUGCAAAUAUUUGCUUCCUUCAAAGAGCAUGAAAGCUUGGCUUAUGGAGUGGAUUGGUGGGCAGAAUCUACAGAUUUAAGAAAUGUUAUUGCUUCUGCAUCUUUUUAUGACCAUUUACUGUGUUUGUGGGAAUUUACGGUGUAAUAAAUAUUCCCCCCACCCUC